AUGUCGCAACGCCAGGGCAACAAGAAGCAACGCAUUGCUACUCCGGAGCCGCCACCUGCUCGGUACAGCACGGCCACUCUCGUGGAGGCUCUUCUGCACUUGAGCACUGACUUCCCUGGCACCGCAGAGUGCAUUGCUGGCGGUUUGCCUGAGAUUUUUCUGUCGCAACGCUCCGCUGGCAUUUUGCUUCGCUUCCUUGAGAUGCCUGAUAGAAAAGGUCUGUCAUUCUUGCAUAGCACUGUGCACAGACGAAUGGCAGGGACUUGGGACCUCACGCAGCAGUCUGGGCCCGCCAGGGACAAUCGAAAGCGAGAAGAGACUGAGCUUAUCGGAGAACACCGAGGCAGAACGGAAGGCUCGGAGAACGCCGAGGCAGAGCAGAAGGCGAUCCUGAAGCUCGCAGAUCUGGAUUGCUGUGAGUUUUUCCUCUGCGAGGGCUGGCGGGCGGUUAGCGGCAUCUCUGAGUGUGUUCCACGCCGGCGGAAGAACUUCGUUUACCGCGUCACCCUCGAGAUGGGCCUCUGCCCCCUCACGGAAGGCCGCGUCCAAGAGCUCCUCACUGGCAUGGCUCCAACUUGGCGAGGCUCAGAGUUCAACGCGAUCCACAACAACAGCCUGGACUUUGCGGAUGCGUUCUUGCAACAGCUGGGUGUGGGACGACUUCCUCGAGAGCUCGGUGAAUCAGGUGCAUCCUCGCCUGGCUACAUUUCCAGCUGCAAUGCAAAGAUCUUCAAGCCCCUGCAGCAGACUUGCUCGAUGGAUUUCAGCCUCUCUGGGCUUUUCAAAGGAGCUGCAGAGAUGGGCUCCAGUGUGGCAGCCAUGUUUGCGCAGCCAUUCAGCCAGGAGGAGGCGGAUGGCGAAGAUCCCGAGAUGCAAGCGCAUGGGGCCGAUCGCCAACUUUUCUGCCAGAGUGUGGCGUGCACGGACGAUGAUGCUGGGCUUCUGGCCACCGAGCCCGCGAACUCCUCGCUUGAUGCGGAGUAUUUUGUUGGCGAUGUGGAGCCCCUGCCCGACAGCUCGGAUACCCUGCAUGAGCUGGAGAUCACCGUCGCUCGAGGUCUGGCUCAGGAGCGACAGCUUGGCUGUCUCUUGUCAGCGCGGGGCGCCGAGAAAGCUCGCGGAUCGGAGGAAAAAGCUCCGAUGUCAUUGCAGCCGCAAAGCGCCGAAGCGCCACGGCUCCUGCACCGGAGCUGGAGACACCUCCCCUCCGUGGGCACCUGGCGCGCACCACGGCUCAAGGAUGCCGGGCAGCUGCUGUUGCCGUCGGUGGGGACGUAG